AUGAGUCGCGAAUCGAACAAUCAUGGCCCGUACCAGGGCGCGCCCCGUGGCCCACCUGAUGGUCACGCUAUGGAUGACUUCGAUUCGCAUAAUACUGGUCCCCAACCAGUAGUGUAUCAGCGCAAGUUUGAGAGUCUCCAGCACCAACUUGCUUCUGCAAACUCCAACAUUGACACUCUCAAGGCCGAGCUGCAAGUCAAGGAUGAACAAGCUGCCCAACUAAAGAAGCGGAACAGCGCCAUGCAGUCGUCUCGUGACGCGCAAGAGGAGCUUCUCGGUCGACAGGAACAGGAUCUGACCAUCUUAGCAAACUUUGAAGGCAUUUCCCUCCAGUUGAAGAGCUGGACAAGCAAGUUCUGCAACGCAGCCAAUAAUCCAAUGACGGUGACUGGAAUACAAAAGGACAACUUGUCCCAGAUUCGUCGAGUUCUCCCAUCCCUCCAGGACCAUGAAGAUCUGCCCAGGUUCUUGCCUCCGAAUGAUCUUCGGCGUCGGCGCAAGUUCGUUCGUGGGUGGGUUGGUCUUAUUUUGGCAGAGACCAUGAUCCGUUCUUUGCCUGUACCAUCGCAUCCUGCAAGUUCGGGACAUGACCUGUGGAUGCCCCCCGAGGCUUGUGGAGCCGUCAGAGAGCUUGAGACAACACUGCUCAGUUCUGGCGAGGCUGUAGCCCUCGCCGCAUUCCAUCGAUGGAGAACAACCACCAUGGCUCUGCUGAGUAAAGUCUAUCCUCCUGGUCGAUGGCCACGGGAUACUAUCAACUCGGUCGAAGACAAGGUAGACUUCACUCUCGAAGUCAUCCUUCCUCUUACCUCACAGCCAGACAUAGGAGAACUGAGACAGAAGCUCAUAGACAACAUAUUUCUCCCCGCCUUGGAGUUCUCGCAGCUUCUCCGCCGACAGUGCGCGAGCUGGAGCGUUCGCUUUCCGCCCCUGAUAUCUGUCAACCCACUGCCGCACGAUGAAUGCGCCGUCGUUAUUGUCAUCGAACCCUCAACUAUGGAAGAUAUGGACAGUCAACCCGAAGAUGACCUGGAGACAUCUGUUGACCACUGUUUGAAGUCCGUGGAGAUUGUUGUGACCCCGGCGCUGUUCAAGAGUGGUAAACAUGACGGACUGCGGUAUGACACCGAGUCUACAAGGAAAAGGCCGAGGUUUCAUGUGCCGAGAUUGGGAGGGCAGAUUAGGUUGUAG